AUGGGAUUCUACAUCCUUUCCUCCAUAUUCCUAACGUUUCAGUUGAGUGGAUUGGCAUCGUCAAUACGCCUUGGACAUCGUGAUCUCAAUGCGGACUUUCUGCCAUGCUACGAUUAUAUUAUUGCUGGAGGUGGUAUUUCUGGACUCGUCCUUGCUAACAGAUUAUCUGAGGAUCCCGAGGUGACGGUAUUAGUUAUUGAAGCUGGUAACCUGCAAUAUCCUUUUGAAGAUGGAGAGGGCCUGGGCUCAACUUAUGACUGGAACCUUUGGACUGCCCCUCAAACAUCUCUUGAUGGCUCUUCCCGACCAAUGGAUUUAGGUAAAGGCGUUGGCGGCGGUAGUCUCAUCAAUGGCAUGUGCUGGACCAGAGGUGGAAGUGCCGAUUAUGAUGCAUGGGUUGCUCUUGGAAAUCCUGGUUGGGGAUGGAACGAUCUCUUACCUUAUUUCAAAAGAACUGAGAACUACACCAACGAUGUCGAUGCUGCUUUUGCUCAUGAACUCUAUGUCUACCCAGAUGCUUCGACGCACGGUACGACUGGAUAUAUCGAUGUCUCGUACCCGAAAUACUUCUAUCCUCAAUCUAAGUUGUUUCUAGAUGGUCUACGAGAGCUUGGAGUUCCUACUUUGCUCGACCCAAAUAAUGGCACAACUGCUGGCGGAAUGCUGAUUCCAAAUAACCUUUCGCCAGAUAGCCAAACACGUUCUGAUGCAAGACGAGGGUAUUAUAAUAAUUUUAUAAGCCGCCCAAAUCUACACCUUGCCACAGGCCUAGUUGUAAUUCGAGUUUUGAUGGACUCCGCCCCUUCAGAAGUACUUGCACGAGACCUUCCAGCUGGUCAAUGGAUCACUGGUAUUCAAAUUGCACCUUCUCUGAGUACUGUCGUACGCGAGAUUUCAUGUUCACGAGAAGUCAUACUUGCAGCAGGAAGUAUUCACACGCCUCAAAUACUCGAGCUAUCUGGCAUUGGCCAGCCAUAUAUCCUGGAGCAGCUCGGCUUGCCUGUACACAUCAAUUUGCCAGGAGUAGGAGAGAACUUCCAAGAUCAUCCCUACGUUGGUGCCGUCUACUAUUACACCAACUCUAGUUACCCAACCAUUGUACAGAUAGACAACAGUCCACAACUUCUCACUCAAGCAGAGCAGGAAUACUACGUCAACAAAACUGGGCCCUGGACUGCUGGAGCGAUUAAUACAGUCGCAUUCCCAUCACUAUCUCAAAUUACUUCAAAUUGGGCCAACAUGAUGGCUAAUGCAGAGAACCAAGGGGUAACAGACUACUUAGUACCAGGCCUAGAUGCAAGUAUUCUAUCAGGGUAUGCUGCACAAAAAGACCUUAUUGUCCAGCUUCUCAGCCGUUCUGAUGUAAGUGCCUAUGAACUUCUCAAUGAUAACGUGGGGCUUAUGUCUGUUGCUGCAAUGCAUCCUCUCUCUAGAGGGAGUGUUCAUAUUACAACGGAUAAUCCAUAUGUGCCACCAGAGAUCGACCCACGCUACUGCUCAAAUCCACUUGAUCUUCAAAUAUUGACGGAAGCCCUUAUGUUCAACAAUAAGAUUGUGAAUACCAAUUCUAUGAAGUUGUUGCAGCCAAGUCCGUACUACCCAUUCCUCCCAAAUGCUACACCAGAGACCUUGGUACCUGCAAUUGAAUCGGGUUUACGAACGGAGUUCCACGGCUCCGGCUCAACCUCGAUGAUGCCACGCGAAAUGGGCGGUGUUGUUGAUCCAGACCUGCGUGUUUACGGAACCAAAAAUCUUAGAAUUGUCGAUGCUGGCAUCAUACCAAUGAUUCCUGCCUCUCAUCUACAAGCACCUGUUUAUGCUAUAGCGGAAAAGGCUGCCGACACCAUAAAGCGCGACAACUAUGGUUUAUCCCCUCGAGGAUGUGGUAAAGGUUCUUCUUUUGCGCGCCUUGGUCCAGUCUUAUCAAAUUUGUCAAUAAAUUCAUUGAAAUUAUCGGCCUCAAAUCCGCUACCUAGUGCUACAACCCCACAAGUUGUGAAGUCGUCACCUUUAGCGCCACCGUCCCCGCUAUCGUCCUUACAAAUUGUAUCCCCUCCUGCAGGAUUCCCUAUCCCUGGGCCACAAGUAGAGAAGAUUUCCUCUCCACCUGUACCUAAUUUGGGAAGUUCUGCUCUUAGCGCUUCAGUGGUGUUCCCUGUUUUACAGGGCUGGAACGAUUCUUCACAUUCACUUGCCAAUGAAAUGGAAACUACUGUAGUUGGAACACCCGUAAGAAACUCCAUAGCUCAAUCAACAGCCAUGACUCUAUCGCUUAGCGCCGACGUUGGGAGCCCAGCCCUUAGAAAUGGUUCUGAUGGUGCUCCCCUUCCCGCACCAGAUACACAAACUUCUGCCGCUACAUCUAUUGUACCGAUAUCCGCCUUGCAGACCGAAUCCAUUUCCCAGCUCUUAUCUUCAAGCGAAAGAACUCAAUCAAUGAUGAUCAGUCAGGGGGCUCUCGCUCUCACGACACCAGCCACAGCAGCCUCCGCGUCCUCAUUACCUGUGUUACCACCAACUACUCUUCAGACUACGAAAACUACUCCACAACCUGAAGCAAUUCAAACCUCUAAGCCCUUCACCACCGGCCAGAACGCAUUGGCAGAUGUGGCAGCUGUAUUUGGGGCAAAGUUUGAACAGGUAGCUUCAACUCUUGUUCCUAUUCCUGUAGCAGGUACAAAUCUACCAGCACCCACGAUUACAUCACCUGUUUCUGUCCUCGAUAUACUUCCGGCACCGCCAUUGAUGUUCAAAACUUUGGAGAGCUCUGCUUUUCAUAGUGUAGCAUCAAUGCUGGAGGACAAGUAUGCAACUGUAUCAACCUAA